ACUCCACCGUCUUCUUUGACUUUGAAACAUGGCCGCUUUAAUGGAGGCAGCGUAGCAUUCAACUGCAGAGCUUUGUUAUUUAUUUAUCCAAAGAGUUGUGGCGCAUAGGUUUGACCGGACAUGUCGGAUAAAGAGGUGGAGAAAGGGAAGGAGAGUCCCCGGGAAAAAGGAUACAGGACCCCCGGGCUGAGGGGCGCACAGACCACCACUCUGUUCCGGGCAGUCAACCCUGAACUCUUCAUAAAACCUAAUAAACCGGUCAUGGCCUUCGGACUGGUGACGAUCACCUUGUGUGUGGGCUACCUGGGCUACCUGCACGCCAUGAAAGAAAACGACCAGCAGCUUUAUGAGGCCAUCGACAGUGAAGGAGAGAGAUACAUGAGGAGGAAGACUUCCAAAUGGGACUGAUGACACUGCCGCCCUAAAACACUCGGCUGUGUGUGUGUGUGUGUGUGUGUGUGUGUGUGUGUGUGUUCAUGCACUGUAAGGACAGAGGGAAUUAAAACCUGACUGGAUUCAAAGUUUCCUCUAAAUGCUUCCAUUUAACUGUGUUUUAAGCGCGCCUGCUAAGCUUUGUCCAAUCUGUAAAUACAACAAGUGUGUAAAACUGUCCAUAUUAUAAACAGAUGUGAUGUUCAGUGUGAUGAGCAUUGUGCUUUUUGAAUAAAAGUUGUAAUUAUUUCCA